AUGGUUUUGGUUGAUGAAAUGAAUGAGGAAUUAAAUACGGAUGAAGAGAGUAGUUUAAGGUUGGAUCCUACUUUGGACAUGUCUUUUGACACAAUGCAAGAUGCAAAGAAAUUUUAUCAAGACUACGGUAGAAGAUGUGGAUUUGGCAUUCAAACCAGAACUUCUAAAAAGGAUAGCAACAACGUGGUGUAUUACUUGAGAUUGGUUUGUUCUAGGGAAGGUAAAUAUGUUUCCAACAUUCGUCUAGAGGUCAAAACUCUUCCCAGUCAGACUAAUCAAUGCCAUGCUGGAAUAACCAUUGCACGAAAAAAUCACAAAUGGUUUGUUAGAACUGUAGUUUUAGAUCACAGUCAUGAGCUGUGUCCACAAACCUCCAAUCUAAUCUGUGGUAAUAGGCAAUUGAACAUGCAUGCCAAACACACUUUGGAAGUGAAUGAUGAUGCUGGUGUUCGUAUUAAUAAGAGUUUCCUUAGCAUAGUUAGUGAAGCGGGUGGAUAUGAAAACAUGCAAUUUGUUGAACGAGAUGCUAGGAACUACAUUGGUCAGCAUAUGUGUAAGGAAGGUGAUGGACAAGCAUUGCUUCGACACUUUUCAAAAAUGAGAGACCAGAAUAAUGAAUUCUUCUAUGACAUCGAGAUGGAUGAAGAUAAUAGAAUUACUAGUGUGUUUUGUGCAGAUGCUCGAAGCCGAGCUGCAUGUGACGAGUUCGGUGAUGUCGUGUCGUUUGACACCACGUACUUAACAAACAAGUACGACAUGCCAUUUGCUCCAUUUGUAGGAGUUAAUCACCAUGGACAAUCGCUCUUACUUGGUUGUGGAUUGCUGUCAUCAGAGGACACUUAG